AACGAAUUUGCAUAAAAAACUUUCAGCGAGCUAAAAGCGCGCACGGCGUUACCGAUUCUGGUGCAGUUUGCUAGCUUUUCCGCAUUAUUUCGUCCUGUGAAAAUUAGUUGCCUCUGGCAUAUGCAUCGUGUCCACUUUAGAGUGCUGGUGAAUACGGAAAACGCAGUUCCCUAAUAUCUACGACGAGCGCUCGAGAAGUCUUCUUUUGAACUGCGAAUUCAAGUGUUUUGUUUGUUGUCCGCGCUGCUCGUCGUGAUUAGCAUGUCUUAUUUACCGUUGCGAAGGAGAAACCGAAAGUAGAAUCCGCAAGCCGCAGAAACUGUAAAUUAUGUAAAAGUGUAUGACCAACAACAAGUCGUUCUGUGCAUCAGUAUGAGUGAGUGCGUUGAGUGAGCUUAUCAGAAAAGUUUAAUGGAGGCUGCGCCGUUAAUUUCUCCAUGUCACCACCCCAGUCUGCAGCAACAACAAUUGCACGCGGCGAACAACAAAAGGCACUGUAAAUAACCGCUGCCCUUUGAUGAGCGCCCCAUUAAAAACUGACAACCAAUAAUGUUAACAACGGAAAACUGCAGCCACAAUGAUGAAGACGGGAUAAACAAAUAAAGGCUUAACAAACCAAUUGCGUAGCAAGUCAUAGGAGCGAACGAUGAUGGUCUAGUGCCAAACGCUGUGUAAUAGACCAACUUGCCACUCGGCUAAAAGGGAAAGCCAAAAGCCUUCAGACUGGAGGCCUCACUCACGCUGAAGCGCAUCUUUGCCCGCAAAAUUGGCUACAAGGCGAAGUCGAAGUCAAUUUUAGCGGCCAUGCGCACGAAACACCUGAUCCUGAUACUGAUCGGAGUGAUAAUCGCCACGAUCGUCUUCAUCGCAUUUGGUCCAGCCGGAGAGCCGAACGACUCAUUCAAGAACAUCGUUGUCCAGACGCACCAGCAGUUCAAAGAGUUCCAGGAGAACCUCCGCGUUGGCUUGGAACGCAAAAAGCUCGAAAUAGACCCAAAGUAUUUACUUCUUCUGGGCUUCACCUCGUCAAAUGACGCUGCAGGCCAACAGCAGCAGCUGGAUCAGCAAAAUGUGGUGGACAACGGGUCACCAGGUCAGCAACUGCCAAAGACAGAUUUUUCAGCGCCGGCUACAAAAGCGGAACUGGAACUCAGUGAAUUGCGAGGACUGCGGCGUCCACAGGAUGCUGUUACCUUCGGAAGUCAGGCGGGAGAUCAAAAGGGCCAGCGGAAGCGGAUCACGACGCCGUACAACGGUACGAAGAGCAACUUCACAAUCGUCAGCUACGUGCUGGAGGGGCAGGCCGCAUCGGCCAUCCUGCUGGCCCAGAAUAUUGCCGCCAAGCUUCCCAGCGAGUACCUGCUAAUCUACGAUUUGGGCGUUUCCGAGGAGCAACUACGGGACUUGGGCGCCUACUGCAAUAACAGCCGAUGCUCGGUGAUCACCUAUGAUCUGUCGGAGUUUCCCUCCUUCGUCGCCGAUCAGCGGACGCACGCCUACCGCCCCAUUGUAAUCAAGGACGGUCUUAUGCGUUCCCGAUCGGUUCUCUUCUUGGAAAACAGUAUGCGUGUGCGCGGAGGUUCCGCCCAGCUGCGGAGUCUGCAGAGCAUCGUUAUGAAUCCAGGAGUGAGAAAAUCUGCAGUCAAGUCCGCUGGAGUCCUCGGAUGGAACACGGCGACGGCGGUCUCCUCCCUGACGCAUCCAAAAAUGUUCGACUACUUCGAGUCGAAAGCUGAGGAGUUUAACUUUCUUCGGAUGGUCGACCUGGAUGCUGUCUUCUUCUCGGACAGCUCCUUGGUGACCGAGAAGAUCAUGCUUCCCUGGCUGAAGUGCUGCCUCACCCUCGAGUGCAUCGAUCCAAUCGGUGCUCAAUCGAAUGGCUGCAAGUUCAACAAGAAGCCGAUGUUCCGAUACUCUGGAUGCCACGGCUACGAUGCGUCCGCCUUCAACAUCGUGCUGGGCCUCACUUUCCAAAUGGACACCUCUGAAUAUUCGCUGCCCGGCGACAGUCCGCGUAACAUAUUCUACAAGGAGACCCUGGAGCAGGCGACCCGUAUACUGGAGAGCAGGCGGCGCAACAGCAGCGAGACCUCCGACCAUCCUUUCACGGACGACUGAGCUGGGAAACCUAGAAUUCGAACUGGACGAGAGCGUGGCCAAAGCAUUUGAUAUAACUUUUUCUACCGACAACCACACAAGCGGAUACACUCAGGCGGUGAAGGAGCCAACUGAGAUUACUAGGAAUAUCGAAGGAAAUGAGAGUUAUUGAUGUGAAUUAGAUAAAGGGUAGCCGAUUCCCACUUAAGCAGAUAUAGACAGAUGACUUGGCGUCCAAGAAGAGAUCAGAAAUGAACAGACCACAGCACAGUAAUUAAGCGUAGCGUAAUAAUGUGCAGUUUAUCAAUACUUAUAACAAUUUAGUGCAGCCCUAAUUACUUAUUUAAUGAAAUAUACAUACAUGAAAAUCUGUGUUAA